CGCGAAGGCAUCACAAGGUGAACGGCAAGAAUGUGGUUUGGCUGUGAAAUGUCCUGUACAAGGGACGAAGAGGAUUGAUCACCAUGAAUGAAUACAUCGAUCUACGUUCAUUGUCAUGCAUGCAGCCGGGCCUCUAGUCUGCGCUUUGUACACUCCCAGCCAUUGAGCCAGUGUCCUUCCAGUAGGUGGAGGCUCGUCCUCCCUCUAGCCUCUGUUUCUCCCCACUGCCCCCAUCAGCCCCAGAGUUCCUUAUGCUAACUCUCUUGAGCAUGUUUUACUAUAUCUGUCUGCGGCGACGCUCCAGGAGUGGGACUCGAGGCGAGGCUCUUACCAGUCGUAGGGCCGUUGAGUCCGGCCAACGUGCAGUCUUACCGGUCAGUGUGGAGGUGGAGCAGUAUGCCAAGGAGGUUCUUGACUUCAGCUCCCACUAUGGCAGCGAGAAUAGCAUGUCCUACACCAUGUGGAACCUGGCUGGGGUACCCAAUGUCUACCCCAGCUCAGGGGACUUCACUCAGACGGCUGUAUUCAGAGCUUAUGGGACGUGGUGGGAACAAUGUGCCAGUGCUCCGCCACCUUUCCGUCGCACCCCGAAAGGCUUCCACAGCCAGGAUUAUAUUGAACUGGGUUUCGAGGAGCCUGUCUACCCAACAGCAGUGGAUGUGCUUGAGACUUAUUACCCUGGAACCAUUGUUCAGAUUCUGGCCUGCUCUCACAACCCCUUCUCCCAGAACCCACCAACUGAUGUCAGAUGGGAGGUGCUGUGGUCAGGGGAGCCCACCAAGGUGAUGACACCACAGGCACGUCAGUUUUCCCCGAACAUCAAGCACAUCAGCUUCCCCACCAACCUGCUGCGUCUGGAGGUCAACAGCUCCCUGCUGGACUACUACACCGAGCUGGACGCUGUGAUCCUGCGUGGGGUAAAAGAGAGGCCGAUGCUGGCCCUCUAUAAGAUGCCUAUCAUCGACAUAAAUGACCUGAGUGACAGCGAGGAGGAGCUGUCUGAUGUGGGAGGUCCAUUCAGACAAGGAGGAGACCGCAAGCAGCAGAGGACAGGCAAUGGGUUCUUUGACAAACUGCCCUAUGAGCUCAUUCAGCUGAUACUGAGCCACCUGACCCUGCCAGACCUCUGCCGUCUGGCCCAGAGCUGUAAGCUGCUGCACCAGCACUGCUGCGACCCGCUACAGUACACCCAGCUGAGUCUGCAGCCCUACUGGGGCCGGCUGAGUGACGCCUCCCUGGGACACCUGCAGAGCCGCUGCACCCUCCUCCAGAGGCUCAACCUGUCCUGGACUGGCAACCGCGGAGCACUCACCCUGACCGGCUUCAGCAGCUUCAUGAAGGCAUGCGGCCUCAGCCUCGGCUGCCUGGAGCUGUCAUGCUGCCACUUCCUGAAUGAGGCCUGUCUGGAGGUCGUCUCUCAGACUUGUCCUGGGCUGCAGGAGCUCAACCUGUCCUCCUGCGACCGCCUCCACCCGCAGGCCUUCGCACACAUCUCGAAACUAACGCGCCUCCGCAGGCUGGUGCUCUAUCGGACCAAGAUAGAGCAAACGGCUAUUCUGAGCAUCCUGACUUUCUGCAUAGAGCUGAGACACCUCAACCUUGGGAGCUGUGUGAGGAUUGAGGACUACGAUGUUGUGGCCAGUAUGCUGGCUGCUCGCUGUCGCUCACUCUGCUCGCUGGACCUGUGGCGCUGCCGAAACCUGACUGAUCGGGGCCUGGCCGAGCUCGUCUCUGGCUGCAGGAUGCUGCAAGAGUUGGACCUGGGCUGGUGUCCCACGCUGCAGAGCAGCACCGGAUGUUUCCAGCAGCUCGCCCGCAGCCUGCCACGCUUGCGCAAACUCUUCCUAACCGCCAACCGCACUGUCUGCGACUCAGACGUAGAGGAGCUGGCGGCCGGCUGCCCCUCACUGCAACACCUCGACAUCCUGGGUACGCGGCUGGUGAGUGCUGCCUCGCUGAAGAAACUCCUCCAGUCCUGUCCACGACUUCUCCUCCUGGACGUCUCCUUCUGUUCGCAGAUAGACAUGCGAGUUGUCCAGGAGCUCUCCAGCCUCUUCCCCAAUGUGGCCAUCAAGAAGAGCUUCACCCAGUGACCCCCCCCCCCCCCCCCCCCCCCCUCCCCCCAGCGCUGUCUCCUUUCCCACCGUCCAGAUGAAGUAAGAGGAGGGAAGCGCUCGCCCCGCAGACAGCGCCUCAAAGUGAAUAAGAGUCAGGUCAGACGUCUUCAGAGAUAGCUGGCCUGCCUCUGACAAGAUCUUCCUUUAGCGGUCCGACAGACAGUUGAAACGGGUGAGGAGGUUAUUUGGAUUAACCGGCUGAGCACAAACAAUUGGAGACUUCCAGUCACAGUAUCAUAGAACGUGAAACUUUUUUUUUUAAAUUUUAUUUUGUUGGACACUUGAAAUCAUGGUUGUUGCACUAAAUCUGUUACCACUUAUGUAUUGCCAAGAAACACUAGGCUAGGGAAUACGCCACUGGAUGCAAAACACAAAACGAUGUGUGAGCAAUCAUCCCUUGGACAGCUUAUUAGGACAACAAAAAGGGACACAAAAAGGUGUGAGACACGCCUUUAUUGGAAAAGGUAGGAGGAGUCAUAUAUUUAUGUUAGCUGGUUUUGUAAUCAAACAUCAGGCCCCUUGGCAGAAUGUGCAGAAAUCAUGCUGGCGGUUUUAAUGCACGGGGGGGAUGGGGGGGGGGGGGGGGGGUCAUUCUGAAGGCAUCUGCCAAUAACAAGCCAGUUUUGAUUUGACGACCAUAAAUCAUAUUUGAGGCUGUUGAAAACAAAGGAGUGAACGCAGACUGAUAUUACGCGGCGUACGGUGCGGACCGCGGGUCCACUCGAAGCGUAUUUGUUGCUGCAAACUGACUGUAGGAUCAUACAUGUGUAAAAGAAAUACACCGUCAACUGUUCUUGCGCCCGAGAUUUCCCCCGAUAACAAGUUUUCACCAGAGACAUAUGUGAGAACUUGUGAAAAGCAUUUGUUUAAACUUACACAUCUGCUAUAAAUAUGUAAAAACACCCAAGGCAUAGAAUGGGCACAAGACUGGCUGAGACGUGACCGUCGGAAACCCAAAGAGAGAAACAAUAAUCAAUGAUAUAAAAGCGAGAAAAGAAGCAAAAGGACGGAAACUAUUUUCUAAAUUAUCCAAAGUGUGCACAUAACUGCCGAUUUGACUAAUCAUUUCAGGUCUAAUUGUUAAUGUCAACCAGACAGCAUAUAUAAUAAAAAUAUAAUAAUAAUAAUAACGAUAAUAAAAUCUUCUGAUAGCAUAAUAUAAGGAAGUUUCCAACCGCGAUAUACAGUAUGUGUUCUAUACAAUUGAUGAAUUAAUUAAAAACGUAACUUUUAGAUUUGAGUUGGAUUACAUCUGAAGAGGAAGUCACCAGGUUUAAAGUUUAAAUCUGCCCUUUGAAUCGAACAGGGUGUUCACAGGACGCGGCCUCCUGUCCAAAUAAGUCCAAAUAAGUCAAAAUAAUGGGAUUGAGGGCGCUGUUGUGGCAUUCUGUGUAAAAAGAAGGAAAAAAAGGCUCUUUGUUGUUUCGUUGGUUACGAAAGGGACUUUUUCAACAGUUAACUCUGGCCGAGUAAGGACAAAUACAAGGUUCAGGUUCGCUUGGCCAAUUAGAUCAAUCGGAUUGAUCACUUUUUUUUUUUUUUGCUUAGCAUCGUUCAUACCCAUCAUUCUUAUGGUUUCGUUAUUUUAACGGGAUAAUGAGUGAGUUUGGGCUCCAAAGAUGAACGACAAAGCUUGAAAGUAGCCAGUUUCAUGCCGCUUUCCUGACGUUGCAUGCGCUUCCUGUCGUCUUUCACACCACCUCAUGUACUUACUUACCAAAAUGAAGCUUCACCGACGUGAAGGAGCACUGUGGAUUCAGUUGGGGAUAGUAUGUAUAAGCACUCCAUGUGACCUCAGUAUUUGUCCUGAAACUCAGGGGUUUUAAAUAUUUCAUCCGGUUUUAGUUUUGUACAUGUGUUUUGCUCCCGAAAACCAGCACAAGCAUCUUUACAGUCCGUACCGCCAGGCUGCGUGAGCUUUGAGGUCGUCAGUGUUGCUCUUAAACGACGAACACAGAUGUAACUGAGACAAACGUUAUAGCUUAUCGGCUGUGGAAUGUUGCUGUAAUUGUAUGAUUGUGAACAAAAUGUAUUGCUGUCCCUGAUUAUUUCAUAUUUUUUUUGUAAUAUAUGAAGCCACAAUAACCACGCGGCAGAAGUGCUUAAAAAGCUUCUUUUUUUUUUUUUUUUUUUCUUUAAAUCUUCUUUGAAGCACAUGCUCCUAAUCAAUAUCUGUGCCUUAUACUCCUGUUUGAAUGUGGUGUAAGUUUUAGUGAAUUGAUUUGCUUUUAACGCCUUCAACCAAAGUAGUACGUAGACACCUGGUCUCUAAUCCCACAACUAUAUUUUACCAGUUUAAAUGCCAUAUACUGUAUAUCAGCCAUGGUCAUUAAUAUGCAAAAAAACAAACAUUAUUUAUACUUCCCUGUGUGAUAGAAAUGUUAUUUAAUCAUUAUUACAUUAUCCUUAUAUAUAUUUAACAGUACUACACAUUUGGGGAAAUCCUUUUUACCCAAAUGAGAGGAAUAUUGUCCAUUUCACCUGAUCGCUGACCACAAAGACUGGAAGUGCGUCUUCAGCCGAGCUCGGCACAAAGAAUGGAAAUGUAGUUUGUUGAACACGUGCAAAGAAUAUAUAUAAAAAAAGCAGCAAUUUGUUAGACAUAGUUAUAGCUUGGGAGCUUUUAUUUCAUCUAGCAUUGCAGAAGCUAAGUUGUUGUUGGGAUUUGACUUCAUACAUUUCAUGAAGUAUGUUUUUCAAAUGAUGAUUAUGAUUUUUUUUAGAGUUAAUGUCUGCUUUUUGACAAAAAUGCUAGCAGUCUCAUGCUUCCAGUCUUUGUGCAAACCGAGGCGAUGAACGAAUAUUGUGCUGGGUACCAAAUAUAUAUAUAUAUAUAUAUAUAUAUAUAUAUACCAUCUAAUCAGAUUAUUAUGGGUUUGAUUGGAAACCCUCAAAUGCUGGACUGGCCCAUUUAAAAUUGUAUUUAUGUUGAAAUUAAUAUAUAUUUUCAGUUUCAGUCCGAGUUAUGACUUAAACAGCAAUACCAGCCCCCCUUUUGUUGUUGUUGCAGAUUUGAUUUUGAACGGAUGGUCACUGCAUUUUGGUUCGGCACCUCCACGAUAUUUAUCUUGCUUUUUAGCGCCCUACCUUGAGCAAGUGGGACGGUCUCUGCUUUUCUGUUAUGAAUAUGCAUUCUCUCCUCUCCGCUCUGGAUGUGCGAUUCAACCUUUGUGCCAUUGGUAGGACAUGCAAAUGUGCUCCCCGUGCUGCAGGAUGAAAACGCCAGACGGUGCCUCUGUCAUGAUGAAACUGGGUGCUUCACUUUCACUAGAUUUUAAAUAAACUGAAUGCUGAUGA